UAUGGUUACAUUUCUAUUCCUACACUACUCAUGUUCACUUCACAACCAAGUGUAAUGGUUGAAAGUACAUAAGCAUAAACCCAUCUAUCAAUGGCUCUCUCCACUCUCACAGCUACUCUGUCAUUCAAAUGCACAAUUGUUUCCAAACCAUCACAACCAAAUCUUCUCUUCUCAUCCUCAACACGACCAAAACUCAACACCUCCAUAUCUGAUUCUGAUAAAGGGAGGAACAAAGUUUCAUUUUUCCAAGGUUUUCUCACUGGAGGCAGAGAUGUUCAGAGCCUCAAGGUGGAGCUCUAUCAAACAAUUUCACCCCUUGACAGAGGUGCCGAGGCUACUCCUGAGGAUCAACAACUAGUGAACCAGAUUGCUCAAAAAAUUGAAGCUUUUAACUCUGUUAAGGAGCCUCUCAAGUCUGAUUCGCUCAAUGGAAAAUGGGAGCUUUUAUAUACAACAUCUCAAUCAAUUCUGCAAACACAGAGGCCAAAAUUCUUGCGACCAAAUGGAAAGAUCUAUCAGGCGAUUAAUGGGGAUACUUUGAGAGCUCAAAAUAUAGAAACUUGGCCGUUCUACAACCAGGCCACAGCCAAUUUGGUGCCUCUUAACUCUAAAAGGGUGGCUGUUAAAUUUGACUUCUUCAAGAUUGCAAGUCUGAUACCAAUCAAAUCCUCUGGGAGUGGUCGUGGCCAGUUGGAAAUUACUUAUUUGGAUGAAGAGUUAAGAAUAUCAAGAGGUAAUAGAGGUAACUUGUUCAUCUUGAAAAUGGUGGAUCCAUCCUAUAGAGUUCCUCUUUGAUGUUGGUGGAUUCUCCAAGAGUUGCUUUGCUUGUACUGCCUUCAUCAGUUUACAUUUUCAGCAUGAAUUAAUGCUACCAAUGGGCCAAAAAUCAAUAAAUGUUUAUCCUCCUAGAUCAAUUUCUACCCCUUCAUUAUUUAUUUUUAUUUGUAUAUAUCCUAUUUAAAGUUGUUAU